ACACCACCCGAGGAUUCUCUUGUCAAUGCUGUCAAGCAAUUAAAGAUUGACUUUCCUGAGUAUGGAAUCAAGAAGAUUGCUGCCAAGUUGGCCGAGAAAGAGCCAAAGUGGGCUGUGUCGGAGAAGCGUGUAAAGAAGGUCAUGCAAGCCCAGGGUUUGACCCAAACCGAGCCUGUUGUGAAGAAGAGUGGUGUUGAAGACGACCCUUCAGUCCCCGUUUCAUACAUUGACCCAACUCUCGAUAUUGCCUCUAUCUCACCAAACAUUGUUGCCAAGAUGGUAGAUCGCGUUACUGGCAAGGGUUUGUUUGCUGCCCGUGAUAUUGCAAAGGACGAAAUCAUCUUCCAGGAAUUGCCGUUUGCCUACUUCCCUUCAUGGGAAGGAUUCUCGAUGGCUCGACAGGGCAAUGCGUGUGGUAUGUGUGUGAAGCCUCUGUUGCGCUCCAGCGUGCUCUCGAUCCACUGCAGCCACUGCAAUUUGACUUACUGCAGCAAGGCAUGCCGCUCGCACGCCUGGGAAACCUUCCACCCGCUCGAGUGCACCCACUUGAACCCUGCCAUCCGCCCGUUCCUCAACUUCUGUGAAGGCGAGUCCUGGUCAGCACCAAUGGCUGUAGCCCGCAUGUACGCCCAUAUCAUCCUGGCCAACCAGCGUGGCGAGCUCGACACUGUCUUGGCUCACUACGAUGCGUUUGCAACUGUCAACCAGGCCGAGCGUCAGGCCAAGGAGACCGAGUGGAUUUUCAUGGAACAUCCUACUCGUGAGUUGUGGGCAAAAGCAAGAUCUUUAUUGGCAAAGGCUUAUAACCCACCUGCCAAGAAAUGCAAGAUCACCAAACCUUUGCCUGAAGAUCUGGCCAAGAAGCUCUUUGAGGACGAAGACACGUUCUUGAACUACCUUGGCAAAUUCAACAUCAACAACCAGAGCGGUGGAAUGUACAUGGUCCAGUCGCACAUCAACCAUAGCUGCUCGCCAAACGUGUGCAUCGAAUUCCCUGGCCAGACCCAAUACAAAUUGGCAGUUCGUGCAGUGCGUGAUUUGCGCAAGGGUGAACAGCUUUUCGAGACCUAUGUGAACCCUCGGUGGAACAAGGAAACCAGAGUCAAUUAUCUGAACAAGAGUUAUAUGUUCCAGUGCAAAUGUCCCAGAUGUGAAUCUGAC